AGCAGAUACUUGCUUGUUUUUUCUGUCUGACUAUAUUGUGCGGACACCGGAAACUUUUGAUUCUGUUUCUUCAGACACAGACUCAUUUCGUACGAUAGAUAUCUGGGUGUAUAUCGUGUUUUGAGCUUGUAAUUCAGAGAAGCCGAAAGAUCAGCAUCACACAUUAUAUUCAGAAGCACAUAAACGACAGAAGAGCACUCUCAGGAAAUCAGGAUGACACUGUUGAGGAGUUUGAAGAAGAGCAGAAUAUUUGUUGGGUUUAUCCUCAUGUUUGUGAAAGAUGUCUUUGGUUCUGAAGUGAAGACUGUGACUGAGGGACAUUCAUUCACUCUAGACACUGAUGUUACCGAAAUCCAGGGAAAAGAUCGGAUAGUUUGGACAUUUAAAUUUGGAAAUUGUUCAGCUAUAGUUUCUUCCCAAUCCAAGGAUAUAUAUGACAGUAACUGUGAUGAAACCUACCGAGACAGACUGCAGCUGGACAGUAGGACUGGAUCACUCACCAUUAGAAACGCCAGCACUACAGACUCUGGACUUUAUGAACUACAGAUCUAUAACAACACAGUGAUCAGAAACAAGACUUUCAAGAUUUCUGUCAUCAUUACAGCACCAGACCUUCACACCAGUUAUAAUGUACUGAUAUUGUGCUGUGCUGUCCUGCUGUUUCUGGCUGUGGGUGUGAUAUACUGGUACUUUUAUUGGAGGAAGUGUAGAAGAGCAGAUCAAGAGGCUGGAGCUUAUAAGUUGAAUUGUUUCAGUGGAAACAAGUUAUGGACUAAAAUUCAGGCCAAUCAAUACCAUCCUGAUUGUCACCUUAGUUGAUGUCACCAACUACGACACCUGUCUUUUACCCAUCACUCCAACACCUUAUCCUUGAGUAAUCAGGCUAAAUUGCUAAUUUGGUACUAGAAAAUCACUUGCCAUUGUAUCAAAUGUAAGGCUAGGUGCCAAGAGAACUGUAACCCAGCACACACCCACAUGGAACAAUGAAAGACUUCCGGGAAAAACAACGCUCAAACUCUGCAGGACGUAGGAUCUGCACCUGACAAAGACAUCAUGUGUGAAAAACCCAGCUUCCUUCUUAACAAACAUUUGUCCACCUGAGAUAUCCUGCCAUCCUCAUUCUACCUCCACAAACUCCAGCUGUUCUCUCUUCCCCCUUGUCUUCCCCACAAGGUCCACAUACAUACACACACAAGAUGUAUAUGUGAAAAUGUAACAAAUACCAUGAAAACAAAGUAUGCAACUGUAUGUGUUUGAUAUUAUUUAAGAGGUCUCUGUGCGACUGGUAUAAUGGUCUCUUUCCCAUGUUGGUAAAACUAAUGGUGACAAAGUUGUAAGGUCUUUGCCAAAUACUGCAUAAUUCUGGAGGUCUAUCCGCCUCCUUGACCUACAAUUUAAAUGAUCUCCUGUAUGUUAACAAGGUUAAACCCCAGGAAGACAAGAACCCAUUCACCCCCAGAUUCUCAUUGUUCAAAGGAUAAUACCAUUUGGUACACAAUGUUUAUUCUGUCUGGGUAUUUAAGGAAAGUUGGCAAGAAGCUCGGGGACUCUGUAAGCUAGAUCUCCCAUGCCUUGCCAUUGCAUGUAGUUUUGUCAGGUAUGUUUCUUUGACUUGUCUUUUAUUUUUAAAAAUGUUUAUUUAUUCUGAUCAUGUGUGAAAUUGGCUUUGAUUUUGUAACUUACGUUUUAAAUCCUACCUGGCAAAUAAAUUGUAACUUUUUUAUUUAUUCUGUAUUCAUCCGAAAUCAUUUAUCACCGGCAGAUUCGAGGGACGCCUUUUGUUACCGCAAACUUAUGUCCAGGAUAAUGAUUAUUACUGGAGCUUAUGAAUAGGAGAAAACCACGUAAGACUACCAGUCACUGCCUAUCACCGUCUUAGCAAGUUGUAUGAAAUGUGACUAAAUAAAACUAUCAUCUGGUUAUGAGCAAGCAGUAAGCGGCUGAACCAGAUGAUAUUAGUAAACCCUGCAACCUCUGACUAUGAACGGACUGGCGAUUUUGUGUCUGAGAGAUCUAUGUAAUUAAUCGGCCGGCAUAUGACUCUAAGUGACAGUCGGGACCCGAAUGAAAGGAUAAUGAAAAUUAAGAUGAUUCAGAGUAAUCAAUGACUUAAAAAGAUCAAAUUAAAAGAAUGAUCAGAAGUUAAUUAGAGCUGUAAUCUAAAUUAGGGGUCAACUUAAAUUGGAGUCAGAUAAAAUGAAUAACGGAGUCAACUGAUAAAGUGCAAAUUAACAAUAAGUGGUUUUGGUUCAGCGCUCAGAAAAGACAGAACAACGUAGAAACCUUCAAAGGGCCAUUUAUUGAAGUUCCACUCCGAACCAAUAAGUGUGUGUCCUUUACACAAACAAAGCUGAAAGAUAUUUGGUUCAUUAAAUGAAGCUUAACAUUGUUUUUGUGUUUGUUUUUGAGUUGCCACAGUAUGCAAUAGACUGGCAUGUCUUAAGGUCAAUAUUAGGUCAAAAAUGGCUAAAAAAGAAACAGCUUUCUCUAGAAACUCAUCAGUCAAUCAUUUUGAGGAAUGAAGGCUAUACAAUGUUUGAAACUGCCAAAAACUGAAGAUUUCAUACAAAGGUGUACACUACAGUCUUCAAAGACAAAGGACAACUGGCUCUAACAAGGACAGAAAGAGAUGUGGAAGACCAGAUGUACAACUAAACAAGAGGAUAAGUACAUCAGAGUCUCUAGUUUGAGAAAUAGAUGCCUCACAUGUCCUCAGCUGACAGCUUCAUUGAAUUCUACCCGCUCAACACCAGUUUCAUGUACAACAGUAAAGAGAAGACUCAGGGGUGCAGGCCUUAUGGGAAGAAUUGCAAAGUAAAAGCCACUUUUGAAACAGAAAAACAAAAAGAAAAGGUUAGAGUGGGUAAAGAAACACAGACAUUGGACAACAGAUAAUUGGAAAAGAGUGUUAUGGAUCUUAACCCCAUUGAGCUUUUGUGGGAUCAGCUAGACUGUAAGGUGCGUGAGAAGUGUCCGACAAGACAGCCACAUCCUGUAGCAAGUGUUACAGGAAGUGUGGGGUGAAAUGUCACCUGAGUAUCUGUACAAACUGACAGCUAGAAUGUCAAGGAUCUGCAAAGCAGUCAUUGCUGCACGUGGAGGAUUUUUUGAUGAGAACUCUUUGAAGUAGUUUAAGAAGUUCUGAAUGUUUUUUUUUCAAAUUGUAAUAGUAAUUUUUCAUGUUAUUAAUGUCCUGACUAUACACUGUGAUCAGUUGAAUGUCUCUUUGGUGAAUAAAAGUACCAAUUUCUUUCCAUAAGAGUAAAAUCUGUACAUUAUUCCAAACUUUUGGCCGCCAGUGUAUAUAAGAAAAUUAAGCAUAUUU